GAAAUAAAUCUGGCAUAUGACUUUCAAAACAUUGAAUAACUGAAAGAAAAGUCAAAGACGUUUUAUAAAAGCCGAAUUUACAUUAAAUCUGUAAAUCUAGUUACUUUUUCUGAGAUUAUAAUAGUUCAAUGAAAGUAAAAUGGGUUUGGAAAUUGGAGGUAGAGAUGUCAGCUACAUUCCAGUAAUUACCACCAUUGCAUUGGGUCUGUAUGUUGCAUGGCAAUGUUUUCGUUCAUCUAACAAGCCACCCUCUAAGAUCAACCCUGGCAUUGACAAGUCUAAAGAUAAAGUUGUAACCUCCGUAAACGUGGAAGAUGUUGGUGACAAUGCUUGCUACUGCCGCUGCUGGAGAUCAAAAAAGUUCCCUAUGUGCGAUGGAUCUCACAAUGCUUACAAUCAGGAAACAGGAGACAAUGUUGGUCCUUUGUGUUUUAAGAAGGAGAAAUGUAGCUCAUAAUCAUUCAGUUUCCUGCCACAUUUGUAAUAGUACAGAAUGUUGUGAUGAUCAUUUCUUUAGACAUUAUAGAACAGAACAAACCUACUAGUGAAUUGUUCAUGAAACUAGUAUGAGUAUGUUUUACAAACAGAAAGAUUUUAGUUUUUUUAGAUUUCAGUUUUCAACAUACCUUUCUUAAUUUUUACUUUGUUCCUUAAUUUUCAUAUUUUGUUUAAAAGAAAUGGUUUAUUUUGUAUCUCCACAUGAUUGGUUAAUCAGAUGGCUUGUGCAGUUUGCUCAAUGUUAUGAUUCACAUUUAAACAAUUUAAUUUUUAGCUUAGUUAUUAAAGCACAAUUAUUAAAUGCUGAUGUUAAUGUAAAGUGAAAUUGUUGUAGGUAAUUGUUCAACAGUAAGUGUGUUAGCAUGUUAUGUAUUAUUUAAAUUCAAGUUCUAUGCACAAAGCUAUUCCUUUGAAAGUGUAAUAUCCAUUUGAGAAUCCAUCGUUGUGACAUUUUUUUAAACCAAUAAUUUUUUACACUAUGGGUAAUUUCACUAAGAUCACACAGGAGUUUGGUAGUAUGUUCUUAUUUCAGCACUUUAGUGUUAGAUAUAUGUGCCUUAGAAUUUUGUAGCUAGUGUGAUUCUUUAUAUGAUGUAUAGGAUUGGGUAUUUAUAGUUUUACAUGUGCCAGUUGUAACUUUUAUAUGGAUUGUUUUGCCCCACAUUUGUAACCUUUGACUUUAGGAGACCAGAAGCUAGAUCUCAACAUAAUGUUUUGUCAAUGUUCAGAUAAAUACUACUCAACAUUCUUGUUAAAGGGGCUCAGUUAAAAUAUCCAUAUUUAGCAUGUAAAUAAAAAUUUGAUACUCCUUAAAGUAUUCAAAAGUUUUUUUAUUUUUAGCCAACUAUAAAGAUUAUUGCAAGGUGGAUAAAAUGCAGCAAAGAGAAAGCAAAAGCAAUUAUUUUAACAGAAAAGUAAUUUUUAUUCGUGUAAAAAAAAAUCUUAAACAAGUGACAAGAUGUAUUUUUAAUUAAUAAAUAUCCAUCUAAAUCUAAACAUGUAUACAAUGUAAUGUUAAAUAUUUACAAAAAAAAAAAUUAAUAUUGCUAGUUAUUUUAAUCUAAGCUAACUAAGAAUCAACUGUCAGCAGCCUUUUUUCUCACUAUGUUCACUGGUCCCACAUUGUCACCAGAACAUUUGUUGUGUUCUUUAUGGACUCCAUCACAGUAUGGCCACUGG